UUUACCUGGGGGGUCUCUGAUAGUUCGCACCACUUACCCUCUAGAUGAGCCUUCCCCAGGAAUGCACGCUCAGCACAUAGGUGCAUAUAUGUGCAUUUUGUCAUACAUACUGUGAGAAUACCCUGCACGAGGUUGAUCAAAACAAGUGAUGGCGUGCCCAAGGAAGCGCCUGAGGAGACAUGGGAAGGCCUGGCAUCACCCCGCACCGCUAACGAAGGCUUUGAGGAAAAUCGCCACAUGGAUACGACAAGAAGAGCGCUGAGACAGCUUGGAAACAACAGGAUGGCUGCCGGCUGACACCAGAUAACACAGCAAUUAACAAGUGUAAACCGUGAUAAGAUUCUGAACCUGGAGCACCCAGCCAUCGGGGAAGCAGGGGAGGGGGACAGGCAAAGGGGAAACAAGGUACAAAAAGCUGUCACUGUGUCCUUAGGGGUGCUCCUGCUUGCGGGAUGCCCGCCAUUGCAAUGGCAAAUAGAAUCUGAUAAAUUGUUUGGAUCUUUCCAACACGCGGUGCCGCACGGGGCUGGGGGUCACCAUCCUGGAGGCGUUCAGAGCCGUGGGGAUGUGGCACUAUGUGGGCAUGGGGGCUGGGGUUGGACGUGGGGUUGGUGGAGUCUUUCCUAUGAUCAGUGUCCUUAGCAUCUCGAUUCCCCAUCACAGGUUCUCCUUUCCCCAUCAGAUGAGCCCUGGGCAGAUGAGGUUGUUGCUCCCCACAGGAACCCAAAGGGACAGGCCAGGCUCGGCCCACAGCGGAUCUGCAGCACGAUGGAUGGGAUCCUGAAGUGGGAGAGACCCACAGGGAUCACUGCUUCCAAAUCCGACUCCUCGCAGCACCACCCGAGACGAGAGCAUGUGUUUGUGAGUGUUGUCCAGAUGUCAGCCUGUGGCUGAGAAGCUCCCUGGUGCAGGAGCUGUAAGCAGCACCACUGCGUGGCAUCGCCCCUCCUCGCCUGGUAGUGCUGCACCCCCAGGGAGAGGUGAUGGGGGCUGUGAUGGUGCAGCUCUGCGGGCUCACUGUGCUGUGCUGGGGCUGGCAGGACUCUUGAGCGGGCGGUGACAAAGUCCAAAAGGCGGAAACAGGAAGCAACAAUUUACUGUUUCCACAAGAAGCGGAUGCUGAGCAGUUCGGUGGGCCGGGCGGGGGCUGAGGGCCGAUGGCAGACCAGGAGCUGCUGAGAGUGCGUGCCAACUUUGUGAGCCGCGUGAGGAAGGCUGUGAUCUCCAAUCUCCUGGACGAGCUGCUGGCCCACAGGGUGCUGAACCAGGCAGAAGUGGAUGAGGUGCAGGAGGCCAACCCAGUGACAACCAACAAGGCCCGGAGCCUCAUAGACACCGUACGCCUGAAGGGCCCUAAGGCCAGUGCCAUCUUCAUCGACAGCCUCAGGAAGCAUGACAGCAACUUGGCAGAGGAGCUGGGACUGAGUGCAGGUACAGAGCCUCCUGGUGCACCGCCGGCUGCCCCCAGCACUGCAGGCUCCUCCAGCCCCCCCAUUAGCAGCCAGAACCUGCAGUGGAUGCAACAGUGCACCGAGAGCGAGUACAAGCGCAUCAAGGAGGCAGAGGGAGAUCAGAUCUAUGACAUAUACCUGCCACGGGAAAAACGAACCCGUAGGGCCUUGCUCAUCUGCAACAUCAAUUUUGAGCACUUAAGCAAGCGGGACGGGGCUGAAGUGGAUGUGAAGGAGAUGACAAAGCUUCUAGAAGGGCUGGGCUACAAUGUGGAGUGCCAUAAAAACAUAACUUCCCAGGAGAUGGUCACAGUCAUGAAGAAGUUUGCAGAUCACAAAGAUCAUGAGACCUCUGACAGCACCUUCCUGGUGUUCAUGUCACAUGGAGUCAGUACUGGGAUCUGCGGGACCAAGAGUAAUGGGACCACAGACAUCCUCUCCUUCAGCACCAUCUACGAGAAUUUCAACAACAAGCAUUGCAGGGCACUGGUGAGCAAACCCAAAGUGGUUAUUAUCCAGUGCUGCCGUGGAGACAACAUAGGAUCUGUGCUGAUAUGCGACUCCAUCGACCCUGAGAUGCCCACUUCCACCUCGGACGGCGUUAGGUCUGUACAGCUGCAAGGUCCUAAAAUCAGAGAAACUCACCUGGAGAGUGAUUUUGCCACUUUAUAUUCCUCCACACCUGAUACUGUCUCCUGGAGAUGCCCAAAAAAAGGUUCUUUUUUUAUCCAGAGACUGGUGGAGCAGUUUCGAAGCCAUGCCUUUAACAAUGACUUACAGGAGAUGUUCCGAAAGGUCCAACGUUCCUUUGAAAACUUUCCUCGGCAGUUGCCAACACAAGAGAGGACUACAAUGCUCAAGAAGUUCUAUCUCUUCCCAGGCCUCUGAUCUCCUGCCCAUGGCAGCUACAGAGCCAAAACAAAACAGUCUUCAGUCUUCUCUUCCUCCGUUUUGAGGCCUCUGAACAACCUCAAACUGACCAAAUUCUUGCUAGGGAGCAGCAAAGAUACUCAGCAAUAGAACAUUACGCACACACCUGGAGAACCACCCCAACAAAGGCUGUGAAGCAAGCAUCUCCCCAUUUGUGACAGAUAACAUCUGUCACUCUGAGAGCCACUUCUGCCCUGUUUCUGACUCGUUGACUAAUAAAAGGAUUAGAACAUGAAAGCA